UCGUUCUCAAACAACAUCAUAUCUUAUUGUGCCAUUCAGUGGAGAUCGCGGCAUGAAUUUGGGUAGCUCCGGUGGAGGCGGUACCGGCACCUCAGCGAACACUUCUGGUGGCAGCAGCAGCAUCGGCGGAGGCGGUAGCGCAGGAUCCUAUUCGACCGCCAGUGGUGGUGUUGCUGGUGCUGGAAGUGCAAACAGUGCGAACGUAAGCAGCAGUAGUACGGCCGCGACAGGAAGCGGAGGCUACGGUAGCGGGAGUGGAGGAUCCGGCAGUGAAAUGCCUGCGGAAAUCAUACGCCCUAAGGUUGUGACGGUGAAGCACCCGGAGUCGAACAAACCGAAACCGACCACCAAGAAGGGCAAAGCGAUACAGGCCGACGUGGACGUGAUUAAGGAGUUUCAGCGAUGCAAGGAGGAAAACAUUCAGCGUCUCGAUUUGAGCAAAUCCUCCAUCACCGUCAUACCCGCGUCGGUAAAAGAUUGCACGAGCCUGGUCGAGUUCUAUCUGUACGGCAACAAGAUAUCUUCACUGCCGUCCGAGAUCGGUUGUCUGGCGAAUCUGAAAACGUUAGCACUGAAUGAAAAUUCACUCACGUCGUUACCUGAUUCUUUGCAAAACUUAAAGCAGCUAAAAGUGCUCGAUCUGCGACAUAACAAGCUAUCCGACAUACCGGAUGUGAUCUACAAGCUGCACACCCUAACUACCCUGUAUCUGCGCUUCAACAGGAUCCGGGUAGUAGGUGAUAAUUUGAAAAAUCUUAGCAACCUCACGAUGCUUAGCCUGCGGGAGAACAAAAUUCACGAGCUACCCGCAGCGAUCGGCCACCUGGUCAAUCUAACUACGCUCGAUCUUUCGCACAAUCAUCUGAAACACCUGCCCGAGGAGAUCGGGAACUGCGUUAACCUAACCGCACUCGAUCUGCAGCACAACGACCUGCUAGACAUACCGGAAUCGAUAGGCAAUCUGUCGAACCUGAUGCGGCUCGGGUUGCGCUACAACCAGCUCUCGUCAAUUCCCGUCUCGCUGAAGAACUGUACGCACAUGGAUGAGUUUAACGUUGAGGGCAACGGUAUUAGCCAGCUGCCGGAUGGGCUGUUGGCUAGCUUGAGCAACCUGACAACGAUCACCCUCUCGCGGAACGCGUUCCAUAGCUACCCAUCCGGCGGUCCAGCCCAGUUCACCAACGUAACCAGCAUCAAUCUGGAGCACAAUCAGAUCGACAAGAUACAGUACGGCAUAUUCUCCCGUGCCCGUGGCUUAACCAAGCUAAACAUGAAAGAAAAUGCUCUCACCUCGCUGCCGCUCGAUAUCGGCACCUGGACCCAGAUGGUGGAACUAAACUUUGGCACCAACUCGCUCACGAAGCUUCCGGACGAUAUACACUGCCUGCAGAACCUGGAAAUACUGAUCCUGUCCAACAAUCUGCUGAAACGAAUACCGAACACCAUCGGCAAUCUGAAGAAACUGCGCGUGCUUGAUCUGGAGGAGAAUCGGCUGGAGUCCCUACCAUCCGAGAUUGGGCUACUGCACGAUCUGCAGAAGCUAAUUUUACAAUCCAACCAGCUUGGGGCGCUACCGCGUACGAUCGGCCAUCUGACGAACCUGACCUACCUGUCCGUCGGGGAGAACAAUCUGCAGUUCCUACCGGAGGAGAUCGGUACGCUGGAAAACCUCGAAUCGCUUUAUAUCAAUGAUAAUCCGGCGCUGAUUAAGCUUCCGUACGAGCUGGCCCUGUGCCAAAAUCUGGCAAUUAUGAGCAUCGAAAACUGUCCCCUGUCGGCGCUUCCACCGGAAGUCGUGAGCGGUGGUCCAAGUCUCGUAAUACAGUACCUUAAGCUUCAUUCGCCAUACCGACAGAUGUGAUUUGAUGGCUGAAGAAGAGAACG